UGCUUUGCACUUUCGGUUUUUUAUUACAAUCGAUAUUUCCGAUCUCUCUCGACUUCUUCUCGUGGAAUUUAAAUCUAUCGAAUUUUUAAAAGCCUCUGUUUUUCUCUCGAUUUGCUCUGUAAUUCUUCGAUCUUCUUUGAUCAGUAAUUUAAAUGGCAACCAUCGGGAAUAACAAUCUCAAUGCGAAGCUUGUUCUUCUUGGAGAUAUGGGAGCUGGGAAGUCAAGCCUUGUCUUGCGCUUCGUCAAGGGCCAUUUCCUCGAAUUCCAGGAGUCGACAAUCGGAGCUGCGUUCUUUUCGCAGACACUGGCGGUGAAUGAUACCACGGUGAAAUUUGAGAUUUGGGAUACGGCCGGGCAGGAGAGGUACCAUAGCUUAGCCCCCAUGUAUUACAGAGGUGCUGCAGCUGCCAUAAUCGUCUACGACAUUACUAGCACGGAGUCAUUCGCAAGGGCCAAGAAGUGGGUUCAAGAACUUCAGAAACAAGGCAAUCCUAACAUGGUUAUGGCACUUGCGGGUAAUAAGGCUGACCUGGAAGAUAAAAGGAAGGUGACAGCUGAGGAGGCUUGUGUGUAUGCAGAGGAAAAUGGUCUUUUCUUCAUGGAGACAUCUGCUAAAACUGCUAUCAAUGUCAAUGACAUAUUCUAUGAGAUAGCUAAGAAAUUGCCUCUAGCUCAGCCAGCCCAGAAUCCAGCAGGGAUGGUUCUUGUGGACAGACCAGCAGAAAGAUCUCAUUCUGCAGCAUGCUGUUCCUAAGUUCGUAUAAAGGGUUGACUCCAAUAACUGUUUGAAAAGGGGUAUGAGAAGAGGCAAGGGUAUCAUUCCAUGGGGAGACAAUGCAAAGUUAACGUGCAAAUAUUUGAAGGAUUGACCCCUCUGACCUGAUCGGAGGAACACUUUGUUCUUUCUUCUUGGCAAUGUAAUGCUUAUUAUUUUCUGAACCCUGUAAAUGAGUGUGUGUGUGUGUAUCCACUGAAUUUCGUACAUACAGAAAUGGGUAGGGGUUUGGGGUAAACCAUUGUGUAAUUCAUGUACUCUUUUUUUCUUUCAAAUGUGUGAUAUUUGUCA